AUGGCUGAGCGGAAAGCUAGUCAUAACUAUUAUUUUUUUUUUUUUUUUUUUAUUUUUUUUCUUUCAGCAUUUACUAAACUGAUAUCUAUAAAUGGACAAGAAUAUCACCUUCAGCUAGUCGAUACUGCUGGACAAGAUGAAUUUUCAAUAUUCCCUCAGACUUACUCCAUAGAUAUUAAUGGAUAUAUACUUGUAUAUUCAGUCACCUCCAUUAAAAGUUUUGAAGUGAUAAAAGUAAUCCAUGAAAAGUUGUUGGACAUGGUUGGGAAAGUCCAGGUACCCAUAAUGUUGGUUGGAAAUAAGAAAGAUUUGCACAUGGAAAGGGUGAUCAGUUAUGAAGAAGGAAAAGCCCUAGCAGAAUCAUGGAAUGCUGUUUUCUUGGAAUCUUCUGCUAAAGAGAAUCAGACUGCUGUCGAAGUUUUUAAAAGAAUAAUUUUGGAAGCAGAAAAAAUUGAUGGUGGAUGUUCACAAGGGAAGUCGUCCUGCUCCGUUAUGUAA